AUGUAUAGUUAUGAACAUAUACCAGUUGAAUGGUUUACUUCAAAUAGACGACUAAGAUCAUCGAAGUAUCCACCACCAAUGUCUCGACCAGUAUCGAAAAGUUUUAAUCGAAUAUCUGAUUUUAUAUUUCCUGAUACAGUACACGUACAUUUUCGUUCUUCUUCUUCUUCUUUUCGUCAUCAAGAACAACAACAACAACAACAACAACAACAACAGCCUAUUUUUCAACGAUAUCAGCGAACUGAAAAUUAUAGUUUACCUGUAUUGAAUCAACGUGAUUUAAUUAUUGUUGAACGUUUACCAGUUGAAGAAUUAGAUGAUAUUGAUUUACUCUAUCGUGAACAAUAUUAUGAACCAAAUCGACAAAUUCAACGUCGUUAUGCAUCAACUAUUGAUGAACGUCGAUUACCAUCGAAUGAAAAAAUUUCAACAGGAUUAAAAAAUCGAUCCGUUGCAUAUCGUGAAAAAUUUCGUGAUAGAAGAAAACGUCAUACAACUGAUAAUGCAUAUCAUUCAAUGUUAAAAUCAAUUAUAGAAAAAGAUCAACAACAAUAUACAAAUGAUAGAAAUUCAAAUUAUAUUCUUUCAUAUAGAACUACUCUUGAGCCAAUUACAGAUUCUGAAUCUAUGACAUCUAUUAAUCAACAAAAUCAACAAAAACAAUAUAAUAAUGAUACUUCACGUUAUCGAGUGCCAAUCAAUGGAACAAUUCCUAUUAUAAAUGAAAAAAUACGUUCAAGACAAUUUAGUUCAACAGUAAGUACUCGAGAUUCAUCAAGUGAUACAGAUAUCACUGAUAGACGUCCAAAAAUAAUAAAUUCUACUAAUUAUCAACAAGAUUCAUCAUCAUAUGUUAAUUCAUCAAAUGUUCCUUCAACGAUUUGGCAACGUCUUUCAUCUAAUCGUAUACAUGUUCAACAUCAACCUGACAGAUUCAUUCCCAUUCAUUCAUCAAUGGCAGACACAAACAAUCAUGAAACAAUGUCUGAUUCGAAUAAUCUGAUCACUUCAUCGCCAUUUAAUAACGUUAUUAAUGAUCAGAUAAACAAUCAAACAUCAUCACAGGACUCAAAUCAUCAUGUUUCUGUGUGCGUCAAUGAUUUAAAGACAACGUUAUUUAUUGAUGAAGACGCAUUGAAUAAUACAAAGACAACUACUACUAAUAAUAAUAAUGAUAAAAAAGCAGUUAUAAAAACAUUUGUUGAUCGAAUUAUCAAACGAUUACAGCAUUUUAAAUCUUCACUUGAUAAUGGUUUAAUUCAUAUACGAAAACGAAAUACAUUAGUUAAUGGAUCAAUUAUUACUGCUGAUUAUCAUUCACCUACGGAAAUAAUAAAAAAACAAACAAAUAUAAAUCAAUCAGUCGGUUUUGUCGAUGAAAAUAAACUUGUUCGACCAUAUUUUUUAAUUAAACCACAAACAGCACUUGUAUUACCUAAUGAAAUAGCGAAAUUUAAAUGUUGUUUUGGUGGUGAUCCAUUUCCGACUCUUAUCUGGUCACAUAAUGGUUCUCGUAUACCUGAAAUAUUACUUACCAGUGAUACAACAUCAUCACGAUAUCAAACAUAUAAAUUACAUGAUAUUUAUUAUUUGGAUAUUGGACCAAUUAGUCUUCAAGAUCAUGGUCAAAUAAAGUGUACAAUUAUGAAUAGAUUUGGUCGAGAAGAAGCCAUUGCUCAAUUAUAUGUUGUUCCUUCAGCAGCUGACGCUACACCAUAUAUUACACAGCCACUUAAUGAUAUAACUAUUAUUGAAGGAAAACCAUUAAAAAUAUCGUGUGGCAUUACUGGUUUACAAGUAACGGUCAACUGGUUUCAUAAUGGAAAAUUGAUUUCACCGAUGGCAGAAUCAAAAGGUGAUUAUAAUAAUGAAAAAUCUAUAUUUACUCUUUCUUGUUGUUUGAGAACUGAUGCUGGUACAAUUGAUUGUCUUGUUAAAAAUCGUUUUGGAGAAGCAAGAACAAGUUGUCGUAUUCAAGUAAUCAAAGAACCAGAAUUUGACCGGUGA